ACGAUAGUGUAAGGUGCGAAGGCGAAUUCAGAGCAUAAGCAGAAACAAGAAUCAUAAUCGCGUUUUGAGAAAAGCGAAAGCGAAAAUGAGCGGAACAGUGAAAAAAGUUACAGAUGUUGCAUUCAAGGCCGGGAAGAAGAUCGAUUGGGACGGGAUGGCUAAGCUUCUCGUCACCGAUGAAGCUCGUCGUGAAUUCUUCAAUCUUCGUCGCGCUUUCGACGAAGUUAACACUCAACUCGAAACAAAAUUCAGUCAGGAGCCUGAGCCCAUAGACUGGGAAUAUUAUAGAAAAGGAAUUGGCACUCGUUUGGUGGAUAUGUACAAGCAGCAUUAUGAGAGCAUUGAGAUCCCCAAGUUUGUUGACACAGUAACUCCUCAAUAUAAGCCUAAAUUUGAUGCACUGUUGGUUGAGCUUAAGGAAGCAGAGGAGAAAUCUCUGAAAGAAUCUGAGCGUUUGGAAAAGGAAAUUGUUAAUGUACAAUCGCUGAAGAAAAGGAUUUCUACCAUGACAGCAGAUGAGUACUUUGCCGAGCAUCCUGAGCUAAAGAAGAAAUUUGAUGAUGAGAUUAGGAACGAUAACUGGGGCUAUUCGCACUACAAAGAAGAGCAAAAUGCCUGAAGUUGAUGUUUUCCUUGCUGGUUUAAUAAAUAAUAACUACAUUAUUUUUUUUGUAACUUGGUUCUAAUCUUCAGUUUAAAUGGUUCUCCACAUUUCUGCAGUUGUCAAAAUUUUAUGGUGUUGCUGUUAACAUUUUGAAACUGUUGUCUUUUGGUUUCAGUUAAGACACCCAAUUUCAGGAAAAUGUUUGUGGCUGUGUUAAUAAAUUGUUGUGUUUGUCUGGUAAGUA